UAACCUGCUCAGUUCUAGCAAAAAAGUGUUGUUUAUUUUAAUUACUAAACAAUAUUCAAAUAAUCUUUUAUUCGUUUAUUAUUAAGUCUUUAAAGUGAUAAGAUUAAAAUGUUAUAGAUUGAAUCAAUCUUUUAACAAAAUAUCAAAUAUUUUGCUAUAAAAUAUGACAAAAUGUACAUAAAUUUAUAAAAUAAUUUUUACUGCUCACGAUAUAUGAAAAUAAACUUAUAGUAAUAAAGACUAAACGUUUAAGAAUAUGCUUGUUCAUUGCUCUUUGAUAGAUGUAAAUAAAAGAGUUCUAUUUAAAUGUGUAAAACAAUCUAUGUUAUCACUACCUGCAAUGGCAAAUCUAACUACGAAGACUAAAACGCAUUAUGAGACGUUGGGAUUGCAACCAACUGCAACUUAUAAUGAAAUAAAGUCUGCAUAUUAUAAAUUGACAUUAAAAUAUCAUCCUGACAAGAAUAAAAGUAAAUUUGCAAAAGAAAUGUUUCAUGAGAUUUCAAAUGCGUAUGAUGUACUUAGCAAAUAUGAAACACGCAAACAAUAUGAUAGAACUCAAAUAAUUAAUCAGGAUUUGCAGAAUUUGAACAAUAAAAGAUAUGAGAUAUUUAAAACAAAAAACAUUCAAUUUUAUAAAUAUCAAUCUACGAAUACUUUUAAUUUUGAUGAGUGGGUACAGCAACAUUAUAGUAAUGCAUUUCAAAAGAAUAUAUCAUUAAAACAAAUCGAAAAAAUGAAACUUCUAGAAAAUAAAAUCCAAGCUCCAAGUCUAUUUGUUGCAACAAUUAUAUUGAUAUUGACGAUAAUAGUAAUAUACAUUUAUGAAUGCAUAGCUGAUAGGGAAUAUGAGGAUUUUAAAGCUGUACAGAAGCGUCAAAAUAAGUAACAAUUGUAUGUUUAAAAUUAGUCAUUUAUAAAAUUAUGAUUUAUAUAAAGAACACAAUAUAAGAAGAAAAUUAUGAUGAAAAAUAUGUUUAUGUGAAACAUGAUAACAUUUACAUGUUUAUUGCGUUAACCCCUAUAUCAAAAACGUGUACAGUUUAUGUUAUAUAUUUUAACAUAUUUAUUUCAGAAAACGAAUCUAUUUUAAUAUAUCACAAUAACAUUACAAAAUCUAAUACAUUAAUUGUAAAUUAUCUUAAUUAUAUUAUCUAUUAAUUAAACGUUACAAAUAUUUUGAUGUA